UUACGCCAAACACCACGUAAAUAAGUGCGUGUUUCCACUAACCUAUUGCAAAAUUGGAAACGAAGAUUAAUUACUACAAUUCUCUCCAAGACUGGAAGGUAAUAUUUCGUAGAAGAAAGAGAAGCGCGAAACAGACAAUGGCGGCAACCGAUCCACAAAGGCAACUCCUAACCCUAAUUCGUGACUUUGCUUCCGAGAAAUCACAAGGAGAGAGAAGAGUGGUUGGGCUAAAGAACCGAAUAGUAGAGCUUGGAUGUCAAUUGGAUGCGGCAAAUGCAGAGAUGGAAGAGGUGAAGCGUUUCAAAGAAACCACUGAGCUAGAGCUUAGAGGCUACGAAUUUCAAUUGGCUUUCAACGACGUAUCUAUUCAGACCCUAGAGGCAAGGAUUUCUCUGAUUCAAGAUGAAAUAUCUUCGGUUGGAUCUGAAGUAGAGGGUCUUAAGGAUGAAGAAGGGGCUUCACGAGAUGAGUUUAUCCGCCAGAUGUUUGAGCUCAAUACUAAGAUAAGGAAAUUCCAAGCGGAAAAAGGACUCGAAUCUCAGAAAAAGAGCAGCUUUGGAACUACAGCAGCAGACUGCAAAGCUGAAAAGAAGGUAGUCACUGGUGUUGAUCUAAGAGCUCUUAAGGAUGUGCUUGCACAUGUAGCUUCUCAAAUAAUUAAAGAGGAACAAGAAUACCUAGCAGAGGAGAAUAUUCUAAAGCAGGUCCAGGAGGAAUAUGUUGACCUUCAGAGGAAGGUUUCUCUGGUGGAUGUGAUAGUGAAAGAAACCGAACUAUUGCAGGAUUUAACAAGGCAGACUUCCGAGUUGGAACAGAAUUGUGCUUCCCUUGGUGAGCAGUUGCAGGAUAGAUGCAUAUGUCCCAUUUGUCGUGCAGAUAAUGUUGAGGCCCUGGGAGGCGUUCUUCAGGCAAACGAGGCAAAUUGAUUUUAUUAGCAUGUGUUACUAUGUCGAAUUUUUGAUGGUCACAAUUAGACUGGGAAGCUAUUGUUCUAUGUUCUAUUGAAGCGUCUGAUGGCCUCCGAAGUGGAGAGGUGUUCUCUGACUGUUUUUGGCAUUUAGAUUUUCAUGGUAGACCUUUCCAGUAUGUAUCCUAUAGUAUUUCAAUUUGUGAGUUAGAUUUCUGCCUCUGGUCGUUCCUUAUGACACAUGAUUAAAGGAAACAAAUCAUGUAGUUAUUAACAGAUGGUAGUCACUUUCAUUUAA